AUGCCGCAAACGGACGACGUCAAUCUUGAAGAGGUGUAUGCGUUCGCCUUGCAGCUGGCUAAAGAUGCCGGCAAGCUUCUCGAUGAUGCCUGGCGUGCACGAUGCAAUGGAGACGGUCUGGUCGAUCAGGUCGAGAAGGAAAGCUCUGUUGACAUUGUCACCCAAACCGAUGAAGCGCGUGCUGGGAGUCAUUACUCACGAACCUUCAAAGACGUCGAGGCCUUCGUCAAGAUGAAGAUCGAAAGCAGAUUUCCCGCCCAUCAUUUCGUGGGUGAAGAGGCGUACAGUAAAGGAGCCUCAAGAGACUAUCUAAUUGGACAGGACCCUACAUGGUGUGUAGACCCAUUAGAUGGGACUGUCAACUAUACCCACAUAUUCCCCAUGUUUUGCGUGUCUAUAGCAUUCUUGCUUGAAGGUGCACCAGUCAUUGGUGUGAUCAAUGCACCUUUCAUGCACCAGACAUUUUCAGCUUGUCGCGGGAAAGGCGCUUGGCUCAAUGAGACUCAGAGACUACCGCUACUGAGAAACCCCAUUCCGCCCAUGCCAAAAGAUGCUCCAAAAGGUUGUGUUUUCUCGUGUGAAUGGGGCAAGGAUAGACGAGAUCGACCUGAUAGCAAUCUUCAUCGGAAAGUCGAGAGCUUCGUGAAUAUGGCUGCCGAGAUCAGUGGUAGAGGUGGCAAGGGUGGUAUGGUCCACGGUGUCCGGAGUCUUGGUUCUGCCACCCUGGAUCUAGCGUACUGCGCCAUGGGAUCGUUUGAUAUUUGGUGGGAGGGCGGAUGCUGGGAAUGGGAUGUUGCGGCCGGCAUCGCCAUAUUACAAGAGGCGGGAGGCCUGGUCACGACAGCAAACCCGCCAGAAGAUCCUGACACAGCUAAAAUCGAAGAAGUCAAAGUUGGAAGCCGACUGUAUCUUGCUAUACGACCCGCUGGCGAUUCUCCGACGGAGACCGCUCGCCAGGGCCAAGAGCGUACAGUGCGUGAGGUCUGGAAGCGUGUCAGGCAUCUUGACUAUGUUCGACCAGAUGCAUAG